AUGCAAGAGCGGCACACGGGAGAAAAUAUCAUGCAGCGAAUGCAAGAAGUAAUCGCGGUGUGGAAGCUGGAUGGCAAGGUGACGGCUGUUGUCACUGAUAACGCAUCUAACGGCAUUAAAGCAGUCAAUGCACUUCUCCACCUGAGCAUCAAGAAGGCACUGUCCGACAAGGAAAUCAAUGGCCUCUGCCAGAAAAGCGGAAAACUGGUCGCCCACUUCAGACAUUCGACCAUCGCCAGCGACCAGUUGACUGGGCGACAGGAGCUGCUCGGCUUACCAACAGAGCGCCUGACGCAAAGCUGCCCGACAAGAUGGAGCUCUACUUACCAAAUGCUCGCAAAGCUCAUCAAGCACCGGCCUGCCAUUCAAAGUAUUGUUGCUGACCGAGCAAUUGUCAUGGCAAAUUCAGCGCAGAAUCUUGAGAUCACUCAGCAAGAAUGGAAUGUCAUCAGUGAACUUUGUGAGGUGCUUGAGCCUCUUCAGCUUGCAACUAACAUUCUCUGCAGCAACACAGUGUCCCCUGUCUCCAUGGUUCGACCAGUGAUGAAAGCUUUAAUAAAAAAAAACUAGAGCCUCAGACCUCUGGCGACCAUCUAGUCGAGAAUUUCAAAGAAAUAAUUCGGCUGGAGAUAUCUCGCCGAUUCUCCUUGGACUGGGACGCCCAACCGACAUCGGUGUCUGCACGCCAGAGAGCAUCUUUUCUCGAUCC